GAUAUAAAACGUAAUUCCAUUGCCAGUUCUUGCAGCCAUUAGACCAAUUCCUCGUUUGACAUUCCCACCAACGUUUUCCGCAUCCUUAAUCAUCUUCUUCAUCUUCCACUCCUCUCUCUUUGAGAACAACGCCAAGAUGAAAACUCGUAGCUCUACCAAAAUCUCUGCAUCAUGGAUUCCUAUUUUCUCUGUCUUUUCCUUCAUUCUUGGUAUGCUCAUCACAAGCAGGAUGUGGGAGCCACCUGAAUCAAACGGUUUGCUUAUUGCUCAGCAUCAGCGUGAACAAGAACUUCAAGUGAUUUCAGGGGACUGUGCUAGCAAAAAGAUGCAACCUAAGGAUGCAAUGAACGAAUUGUACAAAACCCAUGAAGCCAUUCAGCAUGCCAGAACUUUAGACAAGCAAGUGUCGAUGCUUCAGAUGGAAUUAGCUGCAGCUAGGAGUUCUCGUGAAACUGGGAUCUCGGAUUCAAACACCACUUCGGGGAUCUCUGAGGAAGGAUCUACUCCAAGGAAGAAGGCAUUUAUAGUGAUAGGCAUAAACACUGCUUUCAGUAGCAGGAAGAGGCGUGAUUCAGUUAGAGAGACUUGGAUGCCUCAAGGUGAACAGCUUCUUCAAUUAGAGCGUGAGAAGGGAAUUGUUAUCCGGUUCAUGAUUGGCCACAGUGCAACUUCCAACAGCAUUCUAGAUCGAGCUAUUGAUUCAGAAGAAGCCCAACACAAAGACUUCCUUCGCCUGGAGCAUGUUGAAGGGUAUCAUGAGCUGUCUGCAAAGACAAAGAUUUUCUUUUCGACUGCAGUUGCAAUGUGGGAUGCCGAUUUUUAUGUCAAGGUGGAUGAUGAUGUCCAUGUCAAUUUAGGUGUCCUGGCAUCAACCCUUGCUCGUCAUCGAUCAAAACCAAGGGUCUACAUUGGGUGUAUGAAAUCUGGACCUGUUCUUUCUCGAAAGGAUGUCAAGUACCAUGAACCUGAGUUUUGGAAGUUUGGAGAAGAGGGGAACAAAUACUUCCGACAUGCCACUGGACAGAUAUAUGCAAUCUCCAAGGAUCUAGCCACUUACAUAUCCAUCAACCAGCCAAUUUUGCAUAAAUAUGCUAAUGAAGAUGUCUCACUUGGUGCAUGGUUCAUUGGUCUUGAAGUUGAGCAUAUAGAUGACCGCAAUAUGUGCUGUGGAACUCCUCCAGAUUGUGAGUGGAAGGCACAAGCAGGUAACAUAUGUGUUGCAUCAUUUGAUUGGAGCUGCAGUGGAAUCUGCAAGUCAGUGGAGAAGAUUAAAUAUGUACACUCAAAGUGUGGUGAAGGGGAUGGAGCUGUUUGGAGUGCUUUAUUUUAGAUUGAUUCAAACGAGGGUUGUUUUUUCUGGUUGGAAGAGGUACUGAUUAUUUAAUUGCAGCUGAAACAGACAGUUUCCAGAUUUGAGAGUGAGAAUUCUUUCGCAAACAGAUAUAACAUGGAAGAUCUCCUGAUCCAUAGAAAGAGCAAGGCUGGUUGAUCAUUUUGGUGAAAGCUAGCUGAAGUUAGCAAUUGCAUGAAUGUGGACUUAAGGAUAUACAUAUGUUCACCACACCCUCCAGUCUUAUUUUUUAGUGUGGGAGGCAUGACAACUAUUCUCGGAAUUAUGUAACAUAGUCUAUUCUAUUUUUUAUAAUUUUGAUAUGUUCCUUUUCUAAAGUGUUUUUGUUAUAGUUUAUAGGUGGGUGAGAUCGGUUAUUUCGCCCUUUGUAAUGCAAAACAAUGUAUUGAUAGUUCUUCUAAUGAGUUAAACGUGAUCAUUGUUUUGAUGACAAAGUUCAUAUGUCGUAUGUAUUCACAUUUGAUCAUAUAUAUAUAUAAGAAAAGACAGGGGUUAAAGU